UCCAUUAAACUGAUGCUUGCGGUAGCCAACGAGAAAUCGCUGAAACUCAACCACUGGGAUGUCAAGCAGGCGUUUACACACGCUAAGUUGGACGAGGAUGUGUUUCUGAGGCUCCCCGCGGGGUGCGGAGAAAAAUCCCACAAAGUUGUGAAGGCUGAGCGUGCCAUUUACCGCUUGAAACAGAGCGGCAGGCAGUGGGGGUACCCCGCUGCCGAUAAGCUUGUAGAAAACGGGUUCGAGCAGUGCAAGGCUGACCCGUGCGUCUUCCGCAAGAUGAAAGACGAUGUCGUGGUGAUGAUUAUCGUGAUUUAUGUGGAUGACAUUUUGGUGGCUGGGUCUGAUGAUGAUUGCAAGGAGUUGCUUGCUUCCCUCAACAAGGCAUUCCCCACCAAAGACCUUGGAGAGUGCGUGUGGUUCGACGGGUGUGCCGUCGAGAGAGACCCAGAGGCUGGGACCCUCAGAAUCUCCCAAACCGCGUACAUUGAGAGCAUCGUGAAUCGCUUUGAUGUGCAGUCGACCUCCUCCAUCCCUGAUUCCUCUGGUGCCGACAUAGGACCGAAGCGGGAUGACGAGAGUGGAGGGGAGUGGCCGGUGAGGGAGGCCAUCGGCAGCAUGAUGUGGGUGUCGACGUUCUCGCGCCCGGACAUCUCGUUCGCCGUGCGCAAAAUACUCGCCAAGACCAUCACAAACCGCCUGAGCGCAUUCUGCGAAGCCAACGAAAUCCUCCCGGAGGAACAGUGCGGGUUCCGGCCUGGCCGAUCCACGGUAUGCAUGCUGUUCGUUGUGCGUCGACUCCAGGAGCUGGGGCGGAGGAGGAGAAUCCCACUCUAUAUGUGCUUCAUCGAUCUGCAGAAGGCAUAUGACUCGGUGGACCGGGAGCUACUGUGGAAGGUGCUGGCCCGGGCCGGGAUCCCCGGGGAGAUGAUCGCCGUCAUCCGCAAGUUCCACGUCGGAAUGCGGGCCCGGGUCCGCACGGACGAUGGGGAGCUAUCGGACUGGUUCCCGGUCACGCAGGGAUUACGACAAGGGUGCUCAAUGUCCCCACUGCUGUUCAACGUCUUCUUCGCAGCGCCUCUCGAGAUCAUUGUCACACGGUUCAGCCAAGAUGAGGUUAUCGUGCGGGACCUAGUGUACUUGAAGGAGGAGGAACGGAGGGGGGAGGGAUUGCUGGACCGAGUCCGGAGGGCGGUGUGGGGGAUGCUAUAUGCCGACGAUGCCGGCGUUGUGUCGAAGUCCGCCGACGGCCUGGCGAGGAUGAUGACCAUUAUCGUGGAGGUGUUCCGGGAGUUCGGGCUGACGGUGUCGGAGAGGAAGACGGAGACCCUGGUGAUGCGGGUGAAGGAGAGACAGCGACCGCCGCCGCCGCCACCGCCGGUGCUGACCAUCGAAGCAGCGGGGCAAAGGUACGCACAGACGACCGAGUUCCGAUACCUGGGCGGCCUCGUCAACGAGCAGGGCGACCUUACCCGAGAGAUCAACCACAGGAGCAAAGCAGCGUGGGCGUGCAUUAGGCGAUACGCCACGGAGCUCUUCGACCGACCGGGAGCACCGUUUCGCCUCAAAGCCCGCCUGCUCCAGGCGGAGGCAGUGGAGGCACUGCUAUACGGCUGCAUGACAUGGUCCCCACGCCGCAACCACUACGGAAUGCUGCAGACGACACACCACCGGCUACUCCUGCGAGUUAUCGGCUACCGGCGCAAACGAGGCACCUACCGGCAGCUGUCAUACGCCCAGGCGCUAAAGAGGGUCGGCUGCCAGAGCGUGGAGGCCACUGUCCGUCAACGGCGCCUGCUCUUUGCGGGGGCCGUGGCAAGACAGCCGGACGGGCGGCUUCCGAAACGGCUGAUGUUCGGCGAGUUGGUGGGAGGGGAGGACCCGGGCCAGGGAAACCCGGAGCAGAACUGGCUGACAUGCCUGAAGGACGACAUGAAGAUGUUCGAAGCCAGGUACGGCUCCACGACCGACAAGCCGAGCGUCUUCGGAGUCCCGAAGUUAGUCUGGAGUGAGGCGGCGAAGGUGGAGGGGGGGGUACCGUGGCACGCGGGGGUGCUACAGGGAGCUGACAGGUUUAUGGCCUCUUGGCACAAGGGCGAGGAGAAGGCCAGCCGACAACGAGCCAUCAAACGAGGAGACAGCGGGCCCAAAAAUAGUCUAGAUACGGCACCAAUCAACGGGGCGGGAGGGGGGCGGGAGGAAACGGCGCGGGAAGAAAGCAAGCGAGAAGAGACCGACCGCGUGACGUGACAUGUUGCGGUUGAAUUUCAGCGACUAGUUUUUCUGUUGCCCUCUCCCCCGUUUGCUGUCGCGUUCAGACUGUCUCUACGGAUAUCCCUGUCUCUGUGCGAGUUUGUUUAUGUCCUCGUCUGUCUUUGGUUUAUUUCGUUUUAUUUUGUUUUGUUGUUUUACUGGCACGUACUGCUGACCCUUGGGGUCCUUCCGGAAGGCUACCCCCCAGGCUGGUGGUGCGCACGUUCCACUAUUUAUUUAUUUAUUUGUUUCUGAUUCUUUUGUUUUCUUGUAUUUUAUC